AUGGGAAGGACAUUUAUUCAUGCUUCGAAAAUAAAACAUGCGGCACGCAAAAGAAAACAUCAUUCCAACUUUAGAACUCUGAUCAAAUUAUUGAACAAUGAUGCCUAUAAGAUAGAAUCAUCAAAACCGUUGAAAAAUGGUAAACUUUUCAAAUACUGGAAAAAUAGGCGUAGAUUGUUUUCAAAGAUAGAUUCGGCGUCGAUAUAUAUGACUGAUGAGCUGUGGUUCAGUGUGACGCCCGAAAGAAUUGCCUGCUUCCUGGCAAAUUUUGUUAAGGCAUGCAUGCCAAAUGCCGAAAGAAUACUGGAUGUUUUCUGUGGUGGGGGCGGGAACACCAUACAAUUUGCCAUGCAAUUUCCUUACGUCUAUGGAGUGGACUACAGUAUUGAACACAUAUAUUGUACUGCGAAAAACGCCCAAAGCUACGGUGUGGACGACAGAAUAUGGCUGAAGCGGGGAUCCUGGAAAAAGCUAGUCUCUAAGCAGAAACUUUCCAAAAUAAAGUACGACUGUGUAUUUGGAUCACCCCCGUGGGGUGGUCCAGAAUACUUAAGAAACGAUGUGUAUGACUUAGAGCAACAUCUAAAGCCUAUGGGGAUUACCAAGAUGUUGAAAAGUUUUCUUAAACUAAGCCCUAAUGUGAUUAUGUUUUUGCCAAGGAACUCUGAUUUGAACCAGCUUUCUCGAGCUACGAGGAAAGUACUAGGUCCAUUUGCCAAAUGUAAAGUAUUAUAUGUAAAGGAGAAUGGAUAUAUGAAAGGAAUAUUUUGCAUGUGGGGGGAAUGCUUUUUUAACUACGAACCAGCAAGUACGGAGAAUAGUCGAAGGGAGUCGUCCGAAAAGGAAGAGCUGAGUUCUGAAAACGAAGAGCUCUCGAAAAGAAAAAAGCAUGAAUCCACAACAACGACCAAAGAUAAUACUGUAGACAUUUACGACGUAAAUGGUUAA